GACCAAGAAUUUUAGUUUUUCUAUGAUUCAGCUAAUUGGAAAAGUUAACAAAGGAACUAGCUCUUGUGAAUAGGUGUUAUACCUGAUUCAACCUCUGCUGAAUUAAUUCUAUUACAUUGUGCAACGUUCAAAUGAAUCAUUGUUUACUGUGCUAACUAGACAGUCUCUUCCAAACCGCCAUUAUGAAAGUUUGUAAGCCAAUUACUAAAACUAUUGGAGUUUGGAUGUCAGAUAAGAAAAGUCAGAAAUUGAAUUGGAAAGAAUUAAUUAGUGCAGCUAACUCACAUGGCUACAAACUUGUAAAGGUGGAUUUGGAAAAGCCAUUGGAAGAACAGGGCCACUUUGAUGUGUUCCUCCACAAACUGACUGAUAUCAUAGCUGCAGCUGAUCUGGGGGACCCUAAGGCAUCACUGAUCAUUAGCAAUGUAGAACAGUAUUUAUCAAAUCAUCCAAGUAUUACGGUUAUCGAUCCAUUAGACAACGUCAGAAUUCUCUUGAACAGAUACAAUUAUUAUUCAAUACUACAAGAUGAAGCUACAUUUGUUAGACAAGGGAUUUUUACACCAACAUUCGCAGAGUUUACAACUUGUAAUAUAAAAACCAAUUUAGAAAUAAUGAAACAGAGAGGAGUAACAUUCCCUAUUAUAUGUAAGCCUACAAUAGCUCAUGGGUCCAAGUCGGCUCACGAAAUGGUUUUGGUCUUUAAUGAGAGGGAUUUGAAUGUCUGCCGACCACCCUGUGUGGUACAAAGCUUUGUUAAUCAUAAUGCAGUUCUACAUAAAAUAUUUCUUAUUGGAAAUAGAUAUCACAUAUGCGAAAGACCAAGCCUUAAAAAUUUCUACGCAUCAAAAGACCUAGAACCAAUAUUCUACAGCACAGGAGAAGUGUGCAAAGCGGAUAGCCAAUCCACUCUAUCCAUAUUGGAUCCUCACGACGAGGCCGAUCUACAAAUGGCUUUGAACGAAGACAAGAUAAAAAUAAUAAUUCGUGCAUUAAGGAAAAGGAUUGGACUGCUAUUAGCGGGAUUUGAUGUCGUCAUAGAUAAUGUGACCGGAAAUCAUGCGGUUAUAGACAUCAAUGUGUAUCCUAGUUACGAUAACUUUCCAAAUUUCUUUGAAAAUCUUAUGGACUGUAUUGAUGAAACGGUGUGCAGAACCAAUACAGUGAAUGGAGAUAGUGAGUUCUGUCAAGAUUACAUCAGCCAUAGGUUAAAUGGAUUGAUAAAUGUUGCAUUUACUUCCAACAAACUUGGAGUUACUGGUAUGAAUGUAAAUUAGUCUAGCUGCACAUUAUUUUAGGUGACUGAGUCUAAACAAAAUAAUCCGUUCAAAUGAUCCUAUUGUCAAAGAUAAAAGAUUUAAAUUGUAAUAACUGUUCUUAGUUUUCUGUUAAUGAAAAUGUGCUCUCCACUAACAAUCUUAUUAGAAACAAUAAGUUUAAUGUCGCCAGGAAUGAGUAACCUUUUCUAGUGUGUGAAUUACAUAGUUUUAUGUAAUUGGGUCAAUCAAAUUUUUUUAUGUCACUCGUUGCCAUGUUUGCGGUUUUCUGUGUCACUCUAAAAACCAAGUUACUUAGUAUUUAAAAAAAAGUUUACAUUAUACUCGUAGUUAUAUCUAAGCUCUUUCCAUAAUGAGCCAUCUACUAAGCGUGUUAGUAUAACAAGGUUCAAUAAUUCUGCUAACAAACUGCUACUUUGGCCCGCUGGCGGGCGGAACAGCAUAACAAGAAAUAUUUGAUCCACCCAAAUAUUUGAUUUCCUACAUUACCGUAAUUUUGACCACAUAUUUUGAUUAUCUCAUUUGUGAUUUAAUCAAAAUAAAACCAGGUAGUAGAAACGACCGUAGUAUGUGUGUCUAUUUUAUAAUAAAACUAUAAGACUAAACAAAACAUUUAUUUAUAUAAAUUUGGCUUCAAGCUACAUAAACUUAACUAUGGAUUUAGUAUUGUAAUGUGUCAAAACCAGCAAGUAUUAUGUAUAUUUGUAGGUGAUAAAGAGGUAUAUAAGAAAAACACAUCCACCAAGUAAAUGGGCUAAGAAAAUGAUGAUGAUUAAGUAUAAUAA